CUUUUCUUGUUAAUGAUACCAUUGGUCUCAAGUAAAGCAAGAGCCCAAACUGGGAGAAUCCGAAUGGAAAACCUUGCAAAACGACGUGACGUUUAAAGUUUGACCAAAAAAGCCAGAACCACAUCGAUUCGUUGUAGCUUUUUAGAAUUCUUUAUAUGAAUUAGGGCAAACAGCCGGUUGGGUCCCUUCGGGGGCAUCCGAUAAAAUUGGAACGAUACAGAGAAGAUUAGCAUGGCCCCUGCGCAAGGAUGACACGCACAAAUCGAGAAAUGUUGAUGAAACUCAAGACUUGUGCGAAUUAUUGGGUUUCGAUUCAAGAAAGAAUGCCCAUAAGUAAUUUGUUUGCAGAUACUGUAUGGAAAAGUGUCGAGUUAACUCGUUCAGUGACUGAUGAUCAGCUGUCAAUCUUGCAUUUAUUGUUUGGUAAAAACUUUGAGAGAGCCACUAGGAUAGUCGACCAAAGAGGUGUUAAGAGGAUAACUGGUGAACCCAGUGGCCGUUGUAUCUUUCAGGUGGUGGGAGAAUCAAGGAGGAAGGAGGAUUACUUCUGUUUCCCUGAACAUUAUUGUGCCUGUUACUCAUUUUUUUAUGACACUGUUAACGGAGGAGAACAACUCUGUUGUAAGCAUCAAUUAGCUGCAAGGCUUGCAUCUGUGUUGGGGACAUGUGUCGAUGUUGCAGUGUCUGAUGAGGAGCUAGCACUAUUACUUGUGAAACUCUAACAUGUACAGAGAUGGAAGAUGAACUUUGACAUUGAAGAUGAAGACUAGUGGCCUUUUAGACCGCCAAAGGAGGCAAUAAAUAUGGUUAUCUUUGGAGGAGAUAGUGGACUGCCGACCACAUUCAAGAGAAAGAGAGAAAGCUCGGUAAUCUCAAUUCAGGAAGGGGAAACCCUGCCCACAGUCUCCUUUGAUUCGACAGAUACAGUGUUCAUGGUGAUAGACAUCCCCUUUGAAUAUAACGUGAUAAUUGGGCGACCAAUUCUUUAUGACACAGAGGCAACAAUUUGCAUCAGAUAUCUCACAAUGAAGAUCUCAACGAGCAAAGGGAUAAUAACAAUUUGGGGGGAUCAAGGGGCAGCUAAGGAGUGCUAUACAGCAGGCACGAAAGAGGGAUAAUUAGAAGGGGCGGAAAGAACCUUUCAAAUGGUGUGCAGCUAAGGAUUGUACAACUGAGUAGUUGUUCUCUAUUAGUAAUCAGGAAUUAUACUAAUAUCAGCUUUUUAUGUUCUAAGGAAAUUAACACUGAUAAAUUGAUAGUAGAAUCAUUAAGAACUAGUUCCUUUUGGAUGUAUUUAAGACUUUCUCUUUUGUGGGAAAUUGACUGGAUACCUAGGCACAGUGUUACUGCUAUCUGCCCUGUUAAUUAAUUAAUUGGAUUUGAGUA